CUUAAUUUCCUUUCCUCCUCGGAAAGUAACAGCCAUGUGUACCGGGGUCUGGCUGACUGUGAUCUUCGCUCUGUGUGCGGGGGUGCUGGCCGAGGAGGACCGGAGAACGGUUUCUUUAGAAUAUAACCCUGGUUAUCCGAAGUCAUCCGUGAAUCUGUUGCACAUUAAGGCAGUGGGGUCAGACAGUACCAUUCACUAUAUCUGGAGUACUAUUGGGGCACCAGCUGUGCUGCUUAUUUAUACAGACAGUGAGAAGAGCCAGCUGCAGGUCAACUGGACCAGGCUUCUCUCCCCAGAGCCGUAUGGAGCCAUUAGCAUUAAGCCAUCUUCUAGUGUGCGCUACUCAACUGCCCUGCUUUUCUCCAGGCUCUUGGAAUAUGUUGAUGUUAACAACACCGCAGACCUCUCUAGGAUAGGGGAUACAUAUUUCUAUCCAUCCUAUGACUUAUCAGACUUCCUGUGGGAGAAUGCUAACACCACCCUAAAUUCCUCAUCACUCAGUGCCAACUUGACUGGGUACAGCUCAUCUGAUCCCACAGGGAGCUUUACAAAUGGCAGUCUCUCAAUUCGGGUCAAAGCAUUCGAGGAUUCUGGGCGCGACAACACCUCGCCCCACCUGCUUCACACGGCUAAUUGUUCCAAACUAGAAUUUUUGCUAGAUGGCAUAAACCCACGUGGCAAUCGUUCCCGUUUUGCCCUGGAAAUGGUCACCGUGGAAAAAAAGAAUGGUCAUAAAAAGAUGCAGUCUGUGCACUCCAUAGAUGAUGAGUACACUCCAACUAUUUUUGAGGUGGCUCAGCUGGUGCCAGAUUUCCCCAAUAACAGCAAUGCCCAGGGCUUUUUCCAGUGGAAGUCAGUGGCUUAUGGUUCUAAAAAGCGCACAAGGGCUGAUGCAGUUCCGUGCAGGUUCUACAAGAUGAGGAGCCUAAACAACACUCUGACCUUUCCAAACAUCCUUUACGCCUAUUUCGGAGAAGAACUGGACAAUAAAUACAAUCUAGAGGCCUUCAAUAUCUCAUUUGGAAUCUCAGAUGGAGACUUCUAUGAGAAGAGCAAAUAUUUAAGCUGGUCUGCUCUUAUUGGUUACGGCACACCUCCCAAGGACACCUUCUCCAUCCUGGUGAUAUGUAUUAUGGCGAUUGCCCUGGGCACUCCUAUAGUACUGCUUAUUAUAGGAGCAAUUGUAGUGACCGUAAUGAAGAACAAAGUUUACUCUAAUUAUGAACCCAUAAACUAGGACUUGGGUGAGACCAAAUGAGGAAAUGUGAGACUGCUGACAGCGUCGUUCAACAGGAUGAGUGGGUCCCUCACUUUGUUUGCACAUGGACUCCCCAUAUAAACUAAACUGGUAGCAAUAAGGCAAUGCAGGAAAAUUAGUGUUUACCUCAGAACAACUUAAUUUAAUGGUGAAACCAGUUUGACAUUUAUUUUAUCUGUGCCAAGUGCUGCAGAAUGUUGAAUUGUGUGCCAGUCUCUUGCCACCACUGCUGCUUUAAAACUGCACUGUGCAUUUUUGCUCUUUUCAAAAAGCCCUGAACUGAGUAGAAGUGUGUGGUCUUUUUGUGUGUUUUUUUUUGUAAUUGAGAAGUUGACUAAAGGGAUAAACUGUUUUUCUUUUAUGUGUGUACACUGUAUGCUGCCUUUACUCUUUUCCCUGUUAAUAUGCAGGACUGGGCUAAUUGGAUUAUGUCAGCAACUUGAGAGUAAUUUUACUGAUUUGUAAAUGUCUUUAUUAUAAUAAUCUUUUUUAUAUAUUGCGUUAAAUUGUACAAAUCCUAUAGUUUAAUAUGCAGAUGUUAGAAUAAUAGAACAUGGGGCUGUAGAUGAUCUCUUCCUAUUGUUGCAUCCCUACAGCUUUGUGACCUUACCUGCACAAUAUAUGUGCUGUACUUUCAGUGUUUACAGGACCAAUGAGUAUGGAAGUCGUAGGACCUAAGGGAAUCUCAUAAUCUGCUGUUUACAAUCUUCUGGCUGUUUAUAAUAAUGUCUAUUCUGCGACUAAAUUGGAGGAACAGUUUUGUAAUGGCUUUAUUGACAAUUUAUUAACCUUAGAUUUCUUAAAGGGACAUUAAACUCACAAUUACCAAUAUAUUUUUUAAUUAUGUCUAGUACAAAAACUUUGUAAUGUACUUAUUUAUUUUGCUAUAUUCUCUUGAAUCUUUUUUUUCAGUGGUGCUCAGAGAGGCCCUACAAGUGAUUGAUCAAUGCAUUGUAUUCAUUUGCAAUUCAUUUAUAUUUGUCCCUUACUGGCCACAGCAAAGACCACAAGAUAAACUUAUUGCCAAGGCUUUUUCAUUUUGUAUGCAGGUCUUUUGUAAUACAUUGCUUAAUUUCUGGUACAUAUAAAAAAACAUGAAUUUAAUGUCCCUUUAAUGAACAGCUGAGGUAAUUAUGACACUAUAGAGGAAUGUCAGAUUUCAGAACUAAAUAUAAUAAAUGCAAAAGAAGAGUCAUCAGUAGACAAAAAAGAAAAAAUCCUAUGAUGGCUGCCCCAUAAUAAUUUUAUCAACACUUUGGAUAAUUUAAAGUUUACAUGAAACCACAAAUUCUUCUUUCAUGAUUCAGAUAGAGUAUACAAUUUUAAACAACUUUCCAAUUUACUUAAUUUUGCUUCAUUCUCUUGGAAUCCUUUAUUGAAGGAGCAGCAAUGCACUACUGGGAGCUUGCUCAACACAUUGAGAAGCCAAAUAUGAGGUAUAUAUGUGCAGCCACCAAUCAGCUAGCUUCCAUCUCCCAAGCCUACAAUGGUAUGUUUUUAAACAAAGUACAACAAGAGAAAAAAGCACAUUUAAAUAAAAGUGAAUUGCAAAGUUGUUUAAUAUUGGAUGCUCUAUCUGAAUCAUGGAAAAACAUUUUUUUUAUUUCAUAUCUCUUUAAAUACUGGUGUGUAAUAAAACAUAAGCAAUAAUGUAUGUUUUUUUCCUUUGGCUGGAAGAUUUUUUUCCCCAUGUUUGUUCUUAAAACUCUGGUUACAGAACAAAGAACACUUUGAAAAAUAGUAGAAAUAGCGAUAAACUCUUAAGAUCAAAAUAUGUGCUAUUUUAUAUCAUUUUACAUUCCCAUUCUAUUCUGCUGCUCCUUGUGAUGGUAUCACUGACGUACAGGAAGCAUUGGGUGUAUUGCUGACAAAAUCUACCACUAAUAGAGGCAAUGGACUAUGGGAUAUUUAUUAGAUUUUUUGCACUAUUAACGUAGGACCUUUGUUUUGGUUAUUAUCACAUUUCUAGCGCUCUCCCCUCCCGGGGCAUAGCAAGUGCUAAGCGAUCCACAUGGUCUCAUUUAAACAUGAUGUGGGUGAAGUAUCUGAUCUACACUGCAUGCUAGAGCUUAACAAAAUACAUAUUUCUUUAUUAUGUUAUAAAUAUCAAGGGUUUUUUAAAUCACUGUGGCUGACAAUUCAGACAAAAUCGCUUUCCUCUUCUGGAGUCUAAGAAACAACUACUUGAUGGUUGCUGACAUUUAUAAUCAAAGCCCCUUUUAAAUGGUAAUUAUAUGUUUGUUUGUGUGACAAUACACCACCUUUCUCUAGUAUUCCUUACCAUCAUACUAAUGUAUCACUAUCAUCUUCUUUUUAAAGAUAUCCAUAAAAUAAUACCACUCUGUUCCAUCCAGUUGCAUCACAAUUCAAUGUUUUAUAUUUUGCUUCAUGUGCAUUAAUUCAUUUGUUAAAUAAACUUUUUCUAAUUAAUCUUA